AUGUUAAAUUGUUUACCAUUAGAAAAUAUAUUAGGUGACCAAUAUCAAUAAGUUUAUCGAGAAUAUACUGAAUUAAUAAAUCAAACAAUCUUAUUUUACACUUGGUUGGUGAUGUUUGAGUAAAAUUUAAAAAAAGAUAAUGUGGAUUAAUAAUCUAUCAAGAUUAUUUCUAUUUUUAAAGUACUUUUUUGUUUUGGUUACCCAAUUAAUUCAGGUUUAGAGAUUAUAAAUCGAAUAGUAAAUUCUAUUUGAUCUAUAUUUUAGAUAUUCUAAAAAGAAAGAGAAUAUCAAGUUCUUUUAGGAUUAGAGUUACUUUAUGGAAUAGUAUUUCUUGUCUAAUAUGGUUUGUAUAUAAAAUAGAAUGAAAUCAGAAAUUAGAAAACUAAUGUCAAUUAUAAAUAGCAUGAUCCCUUUGAUGAUGAAUUAACAGACACAAUAUAAAAUGAAAAUAAUAAUGAAACUGUAAUUUUUGACUAUUUCAGAUUUUCUGUUAUAGCUUGUUUAGGUCUUAUUAUUAACACUAUAGUGAAAGUUUAUUAAUAUGAACGAUCAAGUAUGAGUUAUAUAAAAUAAACUGGAAUUAUUGUUGUUUAUGUAAUAUUCAUUUCAAAUUUGAUUAAAAUUGCUGAAGAAAAAUAAAUAGAGCAUAAAACCUUUUUGGAGUUGAGUAACAGACAGACUAGAAGCGAUGAUCCCUUAUAGGUUUGA